GUGACACAUUGUUCGCCGCCAUGUUUCCAGAGAGCAAAUCCGGCAGACUUGCAUAGCUCAUGUGAACUUGGAACCGAUGUGUCAGUCAGCCGUAUUUCUCAAUCAAGUAAAGCAAUAUGACUUGAAAAGGUGAAGGCUUCAGGUUUGACCGUUAACAGCUACAAUGGAGGGCUCAAGCUCAAAAGGCUCCUCAAAGAGGAAACCAGCUUUUACCAUGAAGAUAAAAGUGCAGAGCAAGAAGAAACAAGAGAGCGAAUCUGACAAUGAUGACUAUGAGUCUGAUUAUUCCAAGAGGAAAUCUGGAUCAAAGAGAGACAACUCUGACUAUUCAGAUGCGGAGUCCAUACCUGAUUUGCCCGAAGGUACUGUUGUUGUUAAACCAGAACCUGUUAAAGAAAAGAAAAUACGGUUUAGUGGACCAGAAUUUUCCAAAGUACCAGACAACCUGGACAUCGUCAACUGCACAUCCUGUGGGAGACAGAUCAACCCUAAUGUAUCUGGAGCUGCAAAACGACACCCAGAAUUGAAAGUCCUAGUUUGCAGGAAAUGUUACGGCUACUAUCGCAGUGGGAAGAUCGAGCAGGACGAGGAUGGACUGGAUGAACAGUGUCGAUGGUGUGGGGAGGGAGGAAGGCUACUCGGUUGCGAUCACUGUCACAAUGCCUUCUGCAAGUCUUGUAUCAUCAGGAACUUCAGCCGGGCGGAACUCACCACAGUCAUGGCUGAUGAUGGAUCCAAGUGGAAGUGCUAUGUGUGCGACUCAUCUAAACUGAAGAAAUUGUUACGAGAAUGUGACUCUUUGUUCAAAAAGAUUGAUAAGGAAAAGCUGAAAGCCAAGAUGCAGAGCAGUAUAGACUUGAAGAAAUCAAGCAGUAGCAAGCCUCAGAAAGCAACGGGCACAAAGACCAGGGGGAAGAAAAAGGCAGAAACAUCCAGUUCAGAUGAUGAUAACAAUGAAGUCGAUGAUGAAGUAGACGAAGAUGAUGAAGACGAUGUGCCAAAAAUGAAGAAUGGAAAGAACAAGGCACCUGAAUCACAGAAUGGUAAGGACCUUGAGAAUGAGGUAGCAAAGAAAGCUUUGAUGGCAGAGUUGGAGGAUGCUGAUACGGAGGGAGGUGAUGAGAGUGGCAACGAUGACAGCGAGUCAGAUGAUGAUGCCAAGAAGAAAAGGGGAGCCAAAAAAGACAAGAAACCCGUGAAGGAAGAGAAUGAUGAUAGUGACAAUGACAAUGAAAAUGACAGUGAAGAUGAAGAUUCUGAUACUGUGCCAAAUAAGAGGAAGAGAUUACGUAGCAAACUCUUAGAUGCUAAGUUGUCAGGCAGUGAGUCUAGUUCUAAAGACAGAAAGUCUAAGAAAAAGGUGAAGUCAGAGGAGAGUGAUUCUGAGGAGGUUGUCAAGAAAAAAUCAAAGAAGAAGAAAUCAUCAGAUGAAGAUUUUGACAGUGAUUCAAGUUUGGGCAAGAAAAAGAAAAAGGGAAGGAGGAAAAAGAAACAGAAGAAGAAGAAGAAGAGGGGGAAGAAGAGGAAACUGACAAGUGACUCCGAAUCUGGGAAUUCAUCAUCUUCUGAUUCCGCAAGUGAUUCCGACAGUGAGAUUAGUCUGGACACAGAGGAGGAGGAGAGGCGAGAGAAGCUGAAGGCAGAACGCAAAGCUAAGCGGAAAGCAAAGGGGAAUAAGCGGCGUAGAAUCAAGGAGCAGAAGGAUUCCUCUGAUGAAAAUAAGAAAAUAGAGACAGAUUCAGAUAUUGAUGGAAGUGAUGAUGAUGAUGAUGACGACGAUGACGAUGGUAAAUCCCCGGACAAGUCUGGCAGGAAGAAUAUUCGAAAGAUAAAGUCUGAUAAGAAACUCACUGAUGAUACUAAGCGGGCCCGCAAAGCUGAGGAAUGCAGAAGGAAGAGGGUUGUUGAACGCCAGAAAGAGUUCAACCAUGUUGUACAAAUAACAGAUGAGCAGACCAAGUGCCCCAUCACUACACAGUUGAUUUUGGAGAUGGACAAGGAUAAGAAAGAUCCCCUUAUAGAAGUGAACAAGAAGCUGGUUCGCAAACUCAAACCUCACCAGGUGGAAGCUGCCCAGUUCAUGUGGGACUGCAUGUGUGAAACAACCGAUCGCAUCAAGAAAAAGGAAGGAUCUGGCUGUAUCCUGGCUCAUUGUAUGGGUCUUGGUAAAACGUUAUCGGUGAUAACAUUUGUACACACAAUGCUGUCCAAUGAAGAGAAAACGACCAUGAGAACUUGCCUGAUUGUAUGUCCAUUGAACACUGUCAUCAACUGGCGUAACGAGUGGACCAUGUGGUUUGAUGAGAAGGACCAACUAGAUGUAUACGAGAUAUCAAGCGUGAAACAGAACUGGCCUCGUGCUGACUACCUGAAAGACUGGCAUGAAGGAGGAGGUAUCAUGAUUAUUGGCUACGAAAUGUAUCGAAACCUUACACAGAGUGCUCGCAUCAAGAAUAAGAAGUUGAAAGCCAUCUUCCAGAAGACUCUUGUUGAUCCAGGUCCUGAUCUGGUUGUCUGUGACGAGGGUCAUAUUUUGAAGAAUGAUUCAUCGGCAAUAUCACAGGCGCUGAACAAAGUCCGCACAAGACGUCGGGUCGUUCUCACAGGCACACCUUUGCAGAAUAAUCUGCUGGAAUAUCACUGCAUGGCCAGCUUUGUGAAACCCAACCUGAUGGGUACAAGAAAAGAGUUUCUUAACAGAUUCAUCAACCCAAUCACAAAUGGCCAGCAUUCAGACUCCACAGCCUUUGACGUGAAAGUGAUGGGACGUCGAGCUCAUGUCCUGCAUGAGAUGCUUGCGGGAUGUGUUCAGAGACGAGACUAUUCUGCCCUUACCAAGUUCCUGCCACCCAAGUUUGAGUAUGUGAUAUCAGUCCGCCUGUCCCCAGUCCAGAUAGAUUUGUAUGAGAAGUACCUUGACCUGGCAGGCGUUGGUGCAGAUGGGGGCCCACCCACUGUCAAUAAAGGGGCACGACUCUUCUCCGACUACCAGAACCUCAUGAAGAUCUGGACUCAUCCCUGGGUGUUGAAGCUGGCUGAGAUCCGAGCAGAAAACAAGAUGAAGUAUGAUGAUAGUGAAGACUCGUUCAUCGACAACAGCACUGAUGAGGAGUUAGCAUCUAUGACAGACAACAGCGAGGACAGUCUAAUGGCCGUCAGUAAGAGUGACUCUGGGGAGAGUGUGGAGGCGGGGCCUAGCAAGAGGUCUUCUCGGCGUUCUAGGCGGGGGAAGCCACCUCCAGAAGAUAGUGAUAAGGAAGAAGUGGUCAAAGACUGGAAGACAAGGUCAAGAGGUGGAGAGGAUGGUGAUGAAAGGAUAGAUAUAGAUGAUGGUCCGAAACCAGUGAGCAACGAAUGGUGGGCCGAAUAUGUGAAAGAGGAGGACCAAAGCAAUCUGGAUCUCAGUGGCAAACUCAUUCUUCUCUUUGAGAUCCUUCGCAUGUGUGAAGAGAUAGGAGACAAAGUGCUUGUAUUUAGCCAGAGUCUGCUUUCGCUGAACAUAAUUGAGUACUUCCUGGAUGUCAUCGACAAGAGAGCAGAAGAGGCAGCCACACAGAAGGAGGAAGAGGAGAGGCAGAAGGCAGAAGAAGAUAAAGACAAGAAAGAUAAAGAUGAGAAAGAUAAAGAUGAGAAAGAAGAGGGAGAGAAAGAAAAGGGAGAGAAAGACCAAAAUGGUGACGCCAAAGAUGAAGAGAAGAAAGAGGAUGAUAAUGAGUUUGUUCAGACAGUGUUUGGGAAGACUUGGACAAAGGGGGCUGACUAUUUUCGAAUGGAUGGGUCUACCAGUCCGCAACUCCGCAGUCAGUGGUCAGACCAUUUCAAUGACCCAGAAAACUUCAGAGCUCGCCUAUUUCUGAUCUCAACCAAGGCAGGAAGUCUUGGUAUUAACCUGGUUGCAGCAAACCGUGUCAUCAUCUUCGAUGCCUCGUGGAACCCCUCACAUGACAUUCAGUCCAUCUUCAGGGUGUACAGAUUUGGACAGACUAAACCCUGCUAUGUCUACAGGUUCUUGGCUCAGGGUACUAUGGAAGAGAAGAUCUAUGAACGACAAGUUACAAAACAGUCUCUCUCUCAGCGAGUAGUGGAUGAACAUCAGAUUGACAGACAUUUCACUUCAGCUGAUCUCGGCGAACUUUACAAUUUCAAACCUGAACGCCUUGAUGAUCCAAAUAACCCCAAGACAACCCAUGCAUUGCCAAAGGAUGUACUGCUGGCUGAGCUUCUGAAGCACAACAAACAGAUCGUCAGGUUCCAUGAGCAUGUCCUGCUUGAGAACCGUGAGGACCAAACAUUGACGGAGGACGAGAAGAAAGCAGCAUGGGAAGAGUAUGACAAUGAGAGGAAAGGCAUUUCCAACAGAGUGGCCCAGGCCAGCACAGCGUCUGGUGUCGGAAUGUUCAGCCCAGACAACGUCCUGCAGAUUGUACAGAUGGUCAAGAUGAGGUUCCCCAACCUACCGCCGGACCUGUUCCAGGCGCAGGUUCAGGCCAUACUUCAGCAGCAGAUCCUCUACCAGCAGUCCAUGCAAAACCAGCAGAUUGAACAGCAGCGGGAUGAUGGAGAUGCAUCGACUACAACGGAUUCAGAACGACAUUCGCACCCAGCAGCGUCAGAUCAACGACUUGACCCGCAACAGAAUGGCCAAUCCCCGUGCAGGUGGUCCGAUGGGAUCCAGGAUGGGCAUGCCAUUUGGCAUGCAACACCGGCCCCCGACCCCACGCGGAGCACUGCGCAGCAUUCUCGCAACGCCAAGUGGCAGCAGUGGAAAGAAAGAUGCCUCCAACGCACGCAGUACCACCACAAAUAACCCUCCGGUAGUGAUAGACCUGUCCAAGUCUUGAUAGGAGGGGACCGUAGGCGUGUGUAUUGUAGUCAUGUAGACAUGACCUUUGUCGGCACUUGUCUGCUGGCAGAAAGGACUGGGUAGAACUAGAAUCUGGACUGGCACAAGGGCCUGAUCUCGGACUGGCCGGUGAAGUGUUGCUGCAGAUGCAGAGUUCGGCUUGGAAAACCAUAACAUAUACAAGGCUUGCAAAAACUUUCACUAGCUUAUGUUAUUCGUCUGGUGCAGUUUUGAUGAGCCAGUGUUUUCAACUUGCUGUGGUUUAAAGUAAACUUGUUGUUAUCAUGUUGUUACCAAGUCUGCUGCUGUCGUUAUUGUACGUUAACAAAGAGAACAGUAAUGUGGAGAGAUGUACUGCUGGGUGGACCACUGGUGUAUGUGGCCCAAUGGGAAGCAGGACCUGAACCAGACCGGGACGAAGCUCAUGUACAAAUGGAGAUGUAACAUUUAAUCUUAGAGAGCAAGUGUGUGUGGUGAUUGCUUCGUAAUAUCAUGUUUGUUUCUUUGUAAGAUGCCUAUCGUCAGAUUUGACCAAGAGUUGCUAGGGGAAACAGAUGUUUUAAUUCUUUUCCUUCAUGUUUCAAUUUUAAAAGCACAUCAUAAAUCAGCUCUGUGUCAGUAGUGAACCUUUUUCUCUCUUUUUUUCUUCUUUUUUUUUUUUUUGCUUUUUUAAGUAUUUGCAGUCUUAUAUUUUCAUCCCAGCUAAUGUAUAAAUACUCAUAAUGUUAAUUGUAGAGUUAGAAGCAAGAAUUUUCUUAAACAUGUUUCUAAUUUUAUAGUGUUAAAUUAUGGUAAUUAUUGACCAAUUCAAAUCUGAACCCUCAUACGGGUCAAUGACUCAUGCUACAGACUCAGAUGUAUAUCACAUGGGUACAACAUGUGACGCAAGUUCUUGGUGUCCUCAACUUGAAUAUUGAUAAAAAUAAUGCUUUCUUCCUCAUUCACUCUGAAUGCUGAAAGACAUGCCAGUGUACAGUGUUUCAAUUCAGAUAGUUCUCUAACAGUAACAUGAAGGUCUCUGUAUCUUGUAUGAUAGUGUUUCAACAUUUACCCAAAGUAACAUCAUCUGUGUGUAAUAGUGCAUGUCUCCCUUCUGGUUUCCUUACAUGGGACUUGGACAGCGUUAAAAUGGUACCAAUAGUCAUAUGAGACACUUUAAUGGUGGUGAGACUCAAUGACUUGGUUGAUUGCUUGUCCUCACACCACAACCUUGUGGAUUGUUGGUCAUGAUAUCAACCACUUGUUUGUCCGACCCAUCCUUGAUGAUGCCAUCAUAUACAGGAAUAUUGUUGAGUGUGACAUUAAGAAACUUAAACAAUGCCCUUACAUUUACACUGACUGUGAUAUGACUGAAGUACUGUCCAGAGCAAUACUAAAUCAAAUCACUGGUAGGCAACUUUCUAUAUGUGAGUACACAGAUAACAUUAAAUAAUUUAGGGCGGAGGGGUAGCCUAGUGGUUAAAGCAUUUGCUUGUCACGAGGAUGACCUGGGUUUGAUUUUCCACAUGGAUACAAUGUGUGAAGCCCAUUAAUUGUGUUCCUGCCAUGAUAUUGCUGGAAUAUUGCUAAAAGUGGCAUUGAACUACACUCACUCACUCAUUCACUCAAUUGAGGAACGAGGGAUGUACCAUUGGAGAAAUACAAAUCGUUCAACAUUGGAUCUAAGUAAGUGUUCCUAAGUUGUAAGCUACAGUGCUAAGGCUGUAUGCAAGCGUGCAUAGGUUUUAUUCAGAUUCAUAACCCACAUGGAUUUUGUUGGAAUGAAGUGUAUGCCUGUACUUAUUGUUUAGAGACAGCAAUAUUUUCAGUUUAAGUUGGACUGAGCUAGCACUAAAUCAGUUGUUCAAUAUUGAAAAGCAAACUUACAUGAACCUUUGGUGCUCUUUGACUCGAGUCUUUCAGACAUGAAGUAAAUGAUAAUUUGUUGACGGAGUAGGCUGUUGUUGGCAACUUGAACCAAGACUAUACUGCUUUCAACACAAUAUUUUAGCAAUUCAAUGUCCAUUUAAUUUGUUUUUCAUUUUUAGCAUUUCUCUUACACUUUGUAUUGUGCAGGUUCCUAUAAAGCGGACAACUAUGACCUGUGUAGCGGUAGUGAUGAGAUUGAAAAUAGGACAUUUCCGGACACCGAUUUCAUUCAAAUGAUCUGCUUUUUAAAUUGCAUGUUAUGAAGGAAUAGUAUUGUCAGUCAAAGGGCCCUCGUAUGUUAAGGAUUUGGGAUUUUUGUCUUUUUAACUUAAGGGCCCUUGUAUGUAGAGAGUUUGGCAUUUCGUUCUGUUUUAAUUCCAAUGUUUUGUAUUCUUUGUACACCACUUCCUCAAGAAGUCUUAAUACAUAUCUGACAAUAUUGAUAAUUGGUGUUUUUUAUGCAAUUGCGUUUUCAUUCAUACUUCAGUCAGUGGUUAAGAGACAGACAUCUGUACUCUCCUUUUCAAUUUAAUUUGGUAUAUUCCAUUAUUUUAAACAAGUAUCAAUCGCUUAGUAUUUGAAAUGUGUGAGAGUGGUUGUUAUCGUGCAAACAGUCUAUUUAUUUUCAACACCUGUAUAUAGUCAUGAACCUGUUGUAUGUAUCAGCAUUUGUGCAUGCUUCGACAUAGAAACAGUCUUUCAUACCAUCCAUGGUCGUAUGCUUUAUAAUGUUUAUCACUAAUGUUUGUAUCACAGAAAGUAUUUUUGCCAUGUUGACCAUCUAUCAUGUAAGUGUAAUAAUAUUAAGUUGUCAGGAACAUGUGUUUCAAAAGUUCAUAUUACAGUGUUAUCUAAAUAAGUUGAAUUUCCUUUUUGUUCAUUUUUCACUGGAAAGAGAAAUGAAUGACCAACAAGGAGAGGAAAUUUUGUGGUUCAGCUAGUCUAUAUUACGUUUAGUAGGGUAUGGUUACCAGAUUUUGACAUGAAUUGGUUUGAAAAUACCUAAAUUAUAUGCAUCUCCAUGCUUAUUUUGCUAAAACUUGAUUGACCUGUGUUGGUGUGUUCAGGCUCUCAUUCCAAACAUUGAACCGACUGACAGUCUGGGACUUCAUGUGUAACGACAUCUGUCUGAAGAUAAAAAGAUUAAGCGAAAA